UCUGCUUUGUAAGUUUUAGGGCAAGAGAACUGCUAUUUUGGAGUAAAAAAGGGCAGAAAAGUCAGGGUAAAAAAAAAAAAGCAAGAGGCAAGACAACUCAGAAAAUUCACGAGACUAGAAAACUCAGAAGGAGAAGGACAGAGAACAAAGAGGGGACUGGAGGAAAAAAAGACUGGAGAAAUAAGAAAGAGGAACAGGAAUUAAAAGGUUAGCUAGCUGAGUUUAAAGUCAGAUGACAGAGAAUGGGGCAGAGAGGAAACAAGAGGAACAGAAAACAUUUCUGCAAAGAGAGCUGCUCUUGCAGGAGUUUUACACUGGUACCACAUAACAACUAUUUUUGAAAAUGACCGUCACUUUUCUCAUCUCUCGACACUGGAAAGAGAAAUGGCUUUUCGUACUGAAAUGGGUCUUUAUUAUUCUUAUUUCAAGACUGUUAUUGAGGCCCCAUCUUUUUUGAAUGGAGUAUGGGAGAUGAUGAAUGACAAGUUAACUGAAUACCCUCUGGUGAUUAACACAUUAAAAAGGUUCAACCUUUACCCAGAGGUGGUCCUAGCCAGCUGGUACCGCAUAUACAUAGCAGUAAUGGAUUUUCUUGGUAUUCAGACCAAGACAUGCUGGACUGUAAACAGAGGAGAAGGGCUUAGACCUAUUGAAAGCUGUGAAGGAUUAGGAGACCCUGCUUCUUUUUAUGUUGCUGUGAUCUUUCUUUUAAAUGGAGUAAUGAUGUCAGUGUUCUUCUUAUAUGGGACAUACCUAAGUGGGAGCCGUCUAGGAGGCCUAGUAACUGUACUGUGCUACUUUUUCAACCAUGGGGAGUGCACAAGAGUGAUGUGGACACCACCUCUGCGCGAAAGUUUUUCAUACCCAUUCCAUGUGCUCCAGAUGUUGGUUUUGACCUAUAUUCUCAGGAUUCCGAAUGUUAAUAGAGGAAGCUUGAUUGCACUGUGUGUUUCUAAUAUCUUUUUCAUGCUUCCCUGGCAGUUUGCUCAGUUUGUUCUUCUGACACAAAUCGCCUCAUUAUUUGCCAUAUAUGUUGUGGGUUAUAUUGACUCGGAUAAAUUACAGAAGAUACUGUGUGCACAUAUGGUAUCACUUUUACUCUGUUUCAUUUUUAUGUUUGGGAAUUCAAUGUUGUUGACAUCAUAUUAUGCUGCUUCUUUAGUAGUUAUCUGGGGUGUUCUUAAAGUGAGGCCCAAAUUUAUGAAAAUGAGUGGAAGCAGAAUUAUUUUAUGGCUCCUUGAGGGAUGUGCUUGGCUUUUUGGGACUGUGAUCUUGAAAUGCUUGACUUCUCUAAUGUUUGGAGUAGCUGAUGAUGCUCAUAUAAGUAAUCUGUUGAAAUCAAAAUUUACUGGCUACAAGGAUUUUGAUACACUGAUGUACACCUGUGCUGUGGAGUUUGAUUUCAUGGACAAAGAGACUCCUUUAAGGUACACGAAGACGUUACUACUUCCAGUUGUUCUUGUGAUUUUGGGAGUAAUUUUCAAGAAGGCAGUUAAAUACAUCAUCUCGGUUUUAUCUCAGAAAGAUCUCUGUGAAAGAGAGGAGCGUUUUAAUCAUGGUGAGCUGGUAUACCAUGUAUUGCAGCUAGUGGCAUUUACUGUACUUGGUAUUUUAAUUAUGAGACUGAAGCUAUUUCUGACACCUCACCUGUGUGUUAUGGCUUCCUUGAUAUGUUCAAAGCAGUUGUUUGGAUGGCUUUUUUGUAAAAUCCAGCCCAAAACAUUGAUCUUUGGCAUUUUAGCAUUAAUGGCAAUAGAAGGAUCAGCGAACCUUCAGAGUCAAUGGAACAUUGUGGGAGAAUUUAGCAAUUUGCCACAGGAAGAACUUUUAGAAUGGAUAAAAAUCAAUACUAGACAAGAUGCUGUUUUUGCAGGAGCAAUGCCUACAAUGGCAAGUAUCAAGUUGUCUACACUUCGCCCUAUUGUAAAUCAUCCCCAUUAUGAAGAUGUGGGGCUGAGGGCCAGAACUAAAAUAGUAUAUUCCAUGUAUAGUCGAAAGCCAGCAAAAGAAGUGAAGGAAGGGUUGUUAAAACUGGGAGUCAGUUAUUACGUUCUGGAAGAGUCAUGGUGCAUAAGAAGAGCUAAGCCUGGUUGCAGCAUGCCUGAAAUUUGGGAUGUGGAAGAUCCUGUCAAUGUUGGAAAAAUUCCCUUAUGUAACAUGAUGAGUAAAGAUCCCAGGCCAUAUUUCAUCACAGUAUUCCACAACAGUGUUUAUAGAGUGUUGAAGAUAAUAAAGGACUAACUUCUGUUCAGAAAACUGUCUCAACCUUUUAAGCUGGUAACUUUAUAAAAAUCCUUGUUAGAAACGUCUUUUAUACUAGACUCAAAAUGAGAAGAUCUGUGUUCUUUCUUUUACCUCUUUAAACAAAUUUUGAUUUUAGAAGUGCUCAAACCUGACAGUGUGGGUUUCUGUUUUAGGGUUAGUCCCUCACAAUUUGCUAUGCAAAUGAUUAUACACUCUUUACUUAAAACUGAUCCAAAAAAAGUUUUAAAUGACUGUAGAAAGCAACUACAGCUCUCAAAACCAAUGAAUUUGUGAAACAAGGCUGUCAGUAUGUCUCAGCAAAGCAAGCUUAUUUAAAAUACUGGUGCUAAGGGAUGGUGCUAUAGCAUCAAGAUUUUCCCAUCACAGAAUAAUGUUAACCACCCCAGUCUUCCUUUUGGAUAACAUGAUACUGAUCACAUAUUUCCAAAGGAGUGACAUCAAUUCAUUAGCCAUGCCUAUAUGAAGGAAUUUUUCUUUUCUUUUUAGAGAAGCUCAAAUAGGUCUCUGCCAGUCCUGGAUCCCUUUUAAAAACAUGUCAUGAUUUAAACUUGCCUUCUAAGGGAAAGGUUUUUAAACAAUGUUUAAACAUUAUCAUUUAGGUGUACACAAUACAUAUACUUGGACUGGAACCUUAACUUGGAUAUUAUUUUAAAAAGUUAGACUAUUAAGAGGAAUAUUCACACCUGAGGAAUAGUUUAGCAUCUUGCUGUCUGAGAAUUUUUAGCAUCCAUGUUCAUUUAAAAUAACCAGAUAAACUUAUGAAGUUUUAUAUGGAAAGGGGGGAAUAUUCAGGAAAAAUCUAUCAUUUAUAUUUGUAUAGCCUUAUUAAAGUACUAGAAUAAACCCUAAACUGCCUUAACGAGAACUACAGACUAACGUAGUAUCAAAAAAAAAUCUUUCCUAGCUCAUGUCAUAUUUUCUUCCCAGUGAUGUAAGCCCUCUUUGAUUUUUCUUAUAUAUUGUUCAUCUAGUUUCAUUAAAAUAAUGAUUUUGUGUUAAAAUUGCUGGGAAAAAAUCCUUUAAACAAUAGUGAAGAAAACUUUGUAAUAAAAUUAACUUGAUUGUGGUAUGAGCAUGGUCAGAAAUUAUGUAAAUAUAAUCAUUACAACAAAUGUUUAAAUAUACUCUGUUUGAAUUGUCUUACCAGGUAGUGUAUAGUUAUUCUUCCUGCUGCUGAUACUUUUGUCAUCUGAAUGUGGCCCUGACUUUGUAGAUGGACAGGGCUCUAAUUUCCCAGAAGUCUUCACUUCCCUUUAUUUCAGCAAGAAAUUUAUAAAGGCGAUUAGCACAUAUAUAAGUUCUAUGUGUUGUUACUGCCCCUGGAAAGCAUUGCAGUAAUCUUAGUUUAUAAUAUUUGAUAGCUUAUUUGAAUGCCAUAAGUGUUUUUAUUUUUUCUGCUCAGUCAGCAGCUAAAUUACAGGACAGUGAUCUAGGUGCCUGUACUGCAUAUUCAGCCUUGACUGCACCUUAGUGGUAGUGGAUGGUGCAGAAAUAAAAAUCUACAGCUGUGACAGUAGUAAUAGAAUGUGAACAUAUGUUUAAAAAAAGUUUGAAGAGAACUGUUCACUAUAAUAAGUAUUUGCCAGUUUUAAUAUCUGCCUCCUUGUCAGGGUGAAGGUGAAGAGUUGAAAAUACAUAUGUUAACUUUUUUAACUUUUACAAAAAAGACUUUAAAGUUUCUAUAAGGAAACUAUCACAUUAAAGGGCUUGGAGGAAGUAACAUUUUUAAAAGUUCUUGAGAUGCAAGAAAGUGGUAAAAGGAUAUCUUUAUAUAACAUUGUGACUAAACAGUGUUAUAGCACAAAUAAAUACUGUAUUUUUAUGGAGUUUAUGCCAAUUGGUGAUGUAUUUAUAUGUGGUUAAAUAAAAAAAA